UUACACCUCUUAACCCUCUACACACUUUCUUGUCUCGCACCCAUCAUCUUUCUUUUUGUAAGAGUUUGGUUAUUGACUCUAGAGUGAGUGAGGGUGGUUCAUCUAAAUUUUAAAACUUAUACAAAAACCAACAAACAAAAGUUCAAAAAUAUUUUUAUCCCUAAGAAAAAGAAUUAGUAAGAGGACAGUUGGAUGAUGAAUAGGAAGAAUGUGUAUUGUACUAAAUUUCAUUUCAUGUCAUGUGUAUUUUUCUUAUUCACAUAUAUUAAAAUAUUUCCAUAAAUUCUUUCUCUUUUUAAUAUUUGAUAACCAUUUGAGGAAGACUAUCUCAGAAGUUGUGCAGUUAAUUUUUAAUUUUUUGACAUCGAAAUCAACAGCUAAGGUUGCUACACAUCUUUAGACUCUUUUUUUUCAUGUUCAACUAAACAUUUACAUGUAUGGCACUUAGUAUAUAUAUACUCUUUAAAAAAAAUACACGUCCGAUUUACCAUAUAUAUAUAUGUUUCGUAAUUUGUGAGUUUAUAAUAAUUUUCUUUCUUUAUUUUCUUUUGUUUUAUUAAUCAUUACAUACAUUGUCUAUAUGCAUAACAAAAACAACAAACAAACACACACAAUCCCCCGUUUAGUCAUUGGAAAUAAUAAAUGUAUUAAUAUUAAUAACUAUACAUACUUAAAACAAGAAGAAGAAACAAAUUUAUAAAAUAAAUAAAAUUUUAAAGAAUAAAAUAAAAAAAAAAAAAACAAACAUAACAAAUGUUAUUUCUUUUGCCGUCGGGGGGAAUUAGGAAAAUAAUACAACAAGAAAUAUCGCUGUGCUAUAGCUCCAAUGUAGCCUAAGCACAAAAAGCACUUGCAGUGACAUUCAAAGAGUGUUCAAGUGCACAACACAAAGAGCUUGGCAAUGUUGAUGUGUUUGUUGUUCUUAGCAUUGACGAUUAGUAGUUUGUAUCGGAGUAGUGGAAAGUAAGAUUUACUUUUCUCUUGCUGCGCUAAGGAGAGUUCGAGCACCUAUUGAACCCUAUUUCAUAACAAAAGCAUGCCCUACGCCGCCGUACCCAAUAGUCGUUGGGUGUAUGUAGGGCACCUUAAUCAAUUUGACAAAGGUGAUGAAGAAGAUACAUGGCGUAUUAGAAAUCGCAAUCCACCAUGCCGGCCAAAGUGUUGUAUUGCAUACUUUUUUUUCUUUUUUCUUAGUAGUUGAACGCUCAAGACACUGAAAUCGAAUGAAACUGACAAAAAUGUGCAACUAAAUACUAUUUUUUAUUUCAUGAUUUUUAUCUUCUGGCGCAGAUGUUAGCAUGUCCGCCUAUGACACUAAACGCCCGGGUUCGAAUCCUGGCGAGACCAUCAGAAAAAAUUUUCAGCGGUGGUUUUCCCCUCCUAAUGCUGGCCGCAUUUGUGGGGUACUAUGCCAUGUAAACCUGUUCUAUGUACGGCCCAAAUCGAUCAAGAAUCUGAUACAGCUAUUUGACUUCUUAUGACCCUGGAAGCCUCAAUCUUCAUCCGAUUAAGCGGAAAUUUUGCUUUUUGCGUUCUGUUGUGAUUUCCAACAACUGUGCCAUUACGUUUUAAAUCGGUCAAGAACCUGACAUAGCUCCCAUAUAAACCGAUAUCCCGAUUUGACUUCUUGAGCCUCUGGAAGUCUCAAUUUUCAUCCGAUUUUGCUGAAUUUUUGCAACUAGUGUUCUGUUGUGACUCAAUAACUGUGCAAAGUGCGGCCCACAUCCAACAGAAAAAUGAUAUAGCUCCCAUAUAAAUCGAUCGCCCGAUUUGACUUCUUGACCUCUUACAAGACGCGAUUUUCAUUCGAUUUGGCUGAAAUUUUAUGUUAUGACUUAACGACUGUGCCAAGUACGGUCCAAAUCAGUCAAUAAUCUGGUUAUAGCUCUCAUAUUUUAGCAGAAUUCAUGGUGGUGGGUUCCCAAGGUUCGGCCCGGCCGAACUUAGCACCCUUAUACUUGUUUUGAAAUAAGAGGCAAAAAAAAAGAAAUUAUAAAAGUUGAGUUCGUGAAGUAAACUCAGAAGAUAAGUUACACGUAAUAUUUUCAUUUUAAAUUUAAAGUGUCAUGGACAGUCAGCCCAUGACACUUUACACCCGUUGUCGAAGACGGAAAUCGACAGCAAUUGGAGUCGAUAAAGAAUUUCACAUUUCUUGGUAUUCUGUAACGUAUUCGCUUUUGACGCACAGUGGGAUGGGAAAAACAAGUAAAAAGACGUUAUGUUCGGCCGGGCCGAACUUUUUAUACCCACCACCUCGGGUAUAUAUAUAAACCACGGUUCGUCAUAAUCCGGUGAAACAUGAAUAAUUUAUGCUCCCAUAACAACUAUAUCGAAAAAUGGUCCAAUUUGGACCAAAUUCGGCACGGUCAUUGAGUGGUCUAAUAAUUACAAGUCAUUGUUCAAUUUUGUAGAACAAAUAUAGACCGAUCUGAAACAUAUACCAUACGGACGCCGAAAAGCCUGACAUAAGUCACUGUGUCAAAUAUCAACGAAAUCGGAUUAUAAAUGUGCCUUUUAUGGGACCAGGACCUUUAAAUAUAGAAAUCGGUCUAUAUGGCAGCAAUAUCCAAAUCUGGGCCAAAUUGAAGAGAGAUGUCGAAGGGCCUUACAACUCACUGUCCGCAAUUUCAGCGAAAUCGGACAAUAGAUGCACCUUUUAUUGGCCCAAAAACCUUAAAUCGAGGGAUCGGUCUAUAUGGCAGCUAUUUUCAGUCGCAGUCGCAGACAAUCAGCGGUAUCGUGCGAAGAGUCUCAGUGAGAGGUCGGGCGGCACCGGCUCUUGCACAGCCACUGAGUUACUCCUUUGGACUGGAAGGAGCUUGCUCACAUGAAAAUAUUUUCAUGAAGCCGCAUGAAAAUGUGGCUUCAACAACACGACACAAUUAAUCUAUUAAUCUGUCCACUAGAUCAUUCUGGAAGCACCUGAUUGUUGGAUGAAGACGGAAAGCUGUUUUCACAACACAGAAAUAUGGUGGCCAUAAUUGUGUAUUAUUAAAAACAAAAAUUAAAACAAGCAUUACAAAAACAAUACUAAACAUGUUUGUAAUCAUUUUUAGCAACCUUAUUAAUUUGUUUUGCUCAUUUUUCCAUUUUAUGUUCAUUUUCCCAAAAAAUAUUAGUCAAAUGUUUAGCCAAAAUAAAACAGCUGUUUUCGAAAAUUCGAAACUCCUUUAGAAUUGGGCUGAAGAAAAAUUGUUAAUAUCCUUCAAAAUAAUAGUUUCCCAUUAACAGUUGUUGAAUCUUUAUUAAAACAUCUAUGAACAGCAAGCCACAAUACAAUCCAUAACAUUUGUACCAAAACUGUCAGAGAGAAAAAGCAAAUCAAAAUGUAAAAUCGCACACAAAAUCACAAACACACUUAAGAUCCCUAUUUACUGACACAAAGACGAAAUUAGAUAAUAUGGAGAAAUCGAAUGUAGUAUACCAGAUCAAAUGCAAUGGAGAUGGAACUAUCGGAUGCCAAAAUUGAUAUAUCGGAAUCACCAAAAGUAAACUAAAAACUAGACUGGCAGGGCAUUAAUCUGACAUUAUAUUAAGGAGUAGAAACACACACCGAUAAACGGCAUUAGCAGUACACUGUGCAACAGAACACCAUGAGCCAGACUUAGAGAGAGUAAGAAUAAUAGAUAACGAGAUAAAUUACAAAACAAGAGACUAACACUAGAAACGCUACACAUCAUCAACACGACGACAACAAAACGCAUGAAUUACAAAGCAGACACAGAGGAAUUGCGCGAGGAACUAUAGACUGUUGGUACAACGAGUGAACAAGGUCCAAUAAGAAAAACUACAAAACAGUAGCAAAACAGACAACGGGUGUUGAAGACGGUCGCAUAACUAUAAGCUUUUUGUUUGUGUUUUGUUUCUCAUUUAGAUAUUUACGCAUAUCAGGAGAAAGUCUUAAGAGUCAAUGAACAAUGGAUAAGCCUCGUCGAAUUACACGAGGUAGUACAGCAGUGACAGAAAAAGUAGGUGCUACGUCUACUAGAACAAGAACCGCAAUACCGCUAUCAACCACAACAUCUACGUCCUCCUCAGUGGGAGGCCGUCGAACUACAGCUGCCAGCACUGAGGCUUUAACUGAAAUAACGAGUGGAACCAAAAGACGUACAUCACCCUCAAGGCGUGCAUCACCCUCGAGACGUACGCGGACAUCCCCGGUACGUCGAUCUUCAAGGCCUCGUUCUACAAUACCCACUGUAACAGUGAUACCAAUACAAGUAGCUCCUAGAUCAAAAGUGCCAACAAAAAUUGAAGAAGUGGAGACAAACGUUUCCCAAACAAAUUUACCACAAACUCUCACUACCAAUACUGCUUCGCGUGCUCCUAAUCGGGUGGCAAAAACAUCAUCUGUCCAGAGCUCUUAUAGUUCGACCACAACACACACUGUUGAGAUACGAACCUCCAGUGGCGAACAGUUAUCUGACAUACACAAACUUUCAGAGUACAUACGCCGCUCAGUUUCAAAAACCCUAUCCCUGGCAAGAGGUGGUUCAGAAGCACGUGAGGGUUCGUUCACCCCCAGCCAACGUACUGAUGGAGAAAGUCGCUAUAGCCGCUCGGUGUCUCGUUCUGUGUAUGAUGGCGAAGGUGGUCGCUACUCAAAGGCAGAAUUUUCGGAUGCCGAAACCAAUGACCACGAGGAAGAUGAGGCAGAGGGCUAUAUAGAAGAUGAGGAGAACUUUAAAAGUUUCAGUGCCAAUAAUGCCGCUAAAGCAUCAACGUCCAUAUGUCGAAAAUUGCCAAUUCCCACUGAAUUUGGGGGAUGGCUUGGUGCCACACUCUUAAUGAUUACCAUACCCCUUGCGGUGUACUACCUUCAGUGGUGUUGCUCAGCUGCCAAGUGUGAAUUCAAAGUACCUAACUUCCAAGCCAUAUUGGACAGUGGUAGCUGGAUUCCAGUAAUGUUUGACAUGGAAGCAGUUGGUGUUUUCAUUGCUUACAAUGUGGGUAUAUUCAUACUAUCCGCCCUUCUUUUUGGACGCGGUGUGCGCUUGCCAGGUUCACUGGAAUAUAAAUUCAAUGCAUUACCCAUAACUGCUUUAUUGACUACUAUGUAUGGUGUGGCCAUAUAUUAUCUCGAAUACCCGGUGGCUGAUUUCAUAAUUAGAAAUUAUCAACGCUUUGGCGUUUAUAGCCUGCUGAAUGCUUUUGUAUUGGCUCUUUGGGCUUAUUACCGUUCCGAUGUACUCAAGCAACGAGAGUCCCAGUGCAACAUUUAUGGCAAAUCGGGCAACUUUUGCAUUGACUAUGCCUUGGGAAGGCAACUUAAUCCGAAAUGGUUGGGUCUGGUGGAUUUCAAAUUGGUGUUUUAUCGUGUUUCUCUUAUAAGCACAUACCUCUUUGCUGUUUCUUUGCUGUACAAGAAUGUUCAAACACCCUGGGUGCCCGACGAGGUGGAAGGCAUUAGCAAGCUUUCAUAUUUCUUUGCCCAUCUGAAGUAUGAUACCACAUGCUUAUUGUGCUCCGCUAUGCUUCUUUUCUACGUUUUGGAUUCCAUUGUUUUUGAACAUCAUUUGGCUUCAUCCUUUGAAUUGCAGGGUGAGGGAUUUGGCUGUUUGUUGCUAUUGCGCUACGCGGCCACGCCUUUGCUUUUGACCUCAGUGUGCCGUUACUUCUGGGAACAUCGUACACCUUUAAUAUGCAAAUUCGCCAUAUAUGUGCCUGUAUUGCUGCUGCUGUUAGGUCUGGCUUUGAAACGUUUCAGUAAUGCCAUCAAAUACAAAUAUCGUGUACAACCCAAUCAUCCGCAUUUCCUAAACAUAGAGACCAUACACACUUUCCAGGGCAGACGUUUAUUGCUGGGCUCUGUAUGGGGACGUUUGCGUCAACCCAACUACUUGGGCGACAUUUUAUGCCUAAUUGCCCUGGGUCUUCCCUUGGCGAUGCGUUUUGCUUGGCCUCCAUUUGUAAGUUUAGUGGCGAUUGUGGCCUUAUUGGUACAUCGUUGUUUCCGUGUAAAUGCCCGCAAUUCGGCGCGUUAUCAUUCAUCAUGGGUGCGUUAUCGCAGUAUAGCACGUAACUAUUUAAUACCUAAAAUAUUUUAAAUAAAUCAGACUAGUAUUUAGAACACUCUGGCAAUCACAAUCGGUGUGUUAAAAAUUUUGGAAAUAAUGCUAAAUUUGUUUCAAACGUUUUUUUUUUUUUUGUAAUCCCUUAUAUAAGUUAAAAAAAAAAUUCUGUGUAUAUAUGAGUUUUAUAUUAUUUUGGACAAAAUUCUCUAAAACAAUUAAACAUAUUUUAUCAAUUCACUUUAGGUAAACAUUUUUAACGAUUUUAAUCUCUAACAAAAUUAAUUUGUCUUUAUAGAGCCAAUUGGAAUACUUAUUUAUUCUUAGUAACCAAUUGUAUGUGUGUGCGUUUAUUGAACAGCAGGAGUAUGGAAAAUUCGAAUAUUUCAAAAGUUCUUUAUGUUUAGUCAUAUUUUAUAUGUUAAGUUAGUUUUGCCUUGUAAGUUUCCAUCUAUGAUCUUCUUUUUCCUCUUUUAGGUUAUCCAUUUUAACUUAUCUGUACUCUAAAUUGUCGUGUGUAUAUAAUUUAUUAUUUACUUGACCCUAUCAAUUAGUUUUAUAUAUGUGUU